GUUUCUUUGGCGGCGCAUGCGCAGAGGGAGGCGGUCAUCCCACUCAGUUUGUAAAUCAUGGCACAAGCUGAAAAGAAAGGUGGAUUGCUUCGGAGAUCUUCAGCUAGUAAGAAACCUUUGAAAGAGAAGGUUGUGCUGAUGUAUGAUGAAAUAUUUACGACAGAAGAUCCAAGUAAAUUUAACCCUCGCUUUUGGGAGGAGCUUUUCCUCAUGAAGGUGAAUUUGGAAUAUUUGGAGGGGAAGCUGGAAUCUCUAGAUGGUGAAGAGUUAAUGAAGAUAAAAGAUAAUAUAAAUUGUUUGUUCCAACGCUGUAUCCGGGCUUUGGGAGAAGAGCAUCCCAUCAGAGUGGUCAAUGCGUUACAGACAUUGUGUGCACUGAUUCGUGGUGUUCAUCAGAAGAAUAAAUCCACAUCUGGAUUUGACAUCAUCAAUAUGCUGAUGGGCUUUGACAAGGCUGAACUGUGCAUGAAGAAUCUGAUGGAGAGUUUGGACACAUUGCUUUGUGCAGAAGGCUCUGAAAGCCUCAAAAGUUUGUGCUUGAAGCUACUGCUCUGCUUGGUGACUGUGACGGAUAACAUCAGUCAGAACACAAUCCUGGAGUAUGUGAUGAUUAAUAGUAUCUUUGAAGCCAUCUUACAGAUCCUCUCAAGUCCUCCUAGUCGUAGGGAACAUGGUUAUGAAGCAGUUGUCCUGCUAGCCUUAUUAGUGAACUAUAGAAAAUAUGAGUCUGUGAAUCCUUACAUAGUGAAGCUGUCGAUCAUAGAUGAUGAGGCUACACUUAAUGGAAUGGGCCUUGUUGUUGCUCAGGCAUUAUCAGAGUACAACCGACAGUACAGAGACAAGGAGGAAGAGCACCAGAGUGGGUUUUUCUCUGCCUUGACCAACAUGGUGGGCAGCAUGUUCAUAGCUGAUGCUGAUGAAAAAAUCUCAGUCCAAACCAACGAGGCUAUCCUGUUGGCCCUUUAUGAAGCUGUACACUUGAACCGAAACUUCAUUACUGUAUUGGCACAGAGUCAUCCUGAAAUUGGUCUGGUGACAAUGCCAGUAAGCCCAGUUCCAACAACCCCAGUUACUCCACUUGGGACCACACCGCCUUCUUCUGAUGUUAUAAGCACUGUGGAGCUACCUCUGGAUGCUGAUGUGCAGACCAGCAACCUGCUGAUAACUUUCUUAAAGUACAGCUCCAUUGUCAUGCAGGACACCAAAGAUGAACACCGGCUCCAUAGCGGCAAACUUUGUCUGAUUAUCCUGACUUGCAUAGCUGAGGACCAAUAUGCAAAUGCUUUCUUGCAUGAUGACAACAUGAAUUUCCGAGUCAACUUGCACAGAAUGCCUAUGAGACACAGAAAGAAAGCGUGCUGACAAGAACCUUCCCUGUCGGCCUCUGGUUUGUGCAGUGCUAGAUCUGAUGGUAAGUUUAUUAUAACGCAUAUGAUGAAAGAGUUUCCCAUGGACCUUUAUGGGCGCUGCAUUCAAAUAGUUCACAAGCUGCUUUGCUACCAGAAAAAGUGCAGAGUGAGACUCCAUUAUACAUGGAGGGAGCUCUGGUCAGGUAAA